AUGUCUCAAAUCAUGAUUUCCUCAGCCGACGUCUACGAUCCCAACAUCGCUCUCACACAGAAUAUGUCCUUGGCAUCGUCUCCAGAGAAUCCAACCACAGCACCGAUCAACAAGACUUUCGUCCUGAGCUCUACGAAGCAGUUUUCAUACGAAGAUCGGCCAAUCCCAGAGCUUCGAACACCAAGGCAUGUUCGCGUGAGGGUUGUAGCUACUGGCCUUUGUGGUUCUGACGUACACUACUGGCAGCAUGGACGCAUAGGACGAUAUGUUGUUGAUUCUCCCAUUACGCUUGGCCAUGAGUCUGCAGGCAUCGUCGAGGCCUGUGGAGAAGAGGUCAAAGGAUUAUCUGUAGGCGAUCGAGUUGCACUAGAACCAGGUGUAGGAUGCAACACAUGCGAGACAUGUCGCGGCGGCCGCUACAACCUCUGCGAAUCGAUGCAGUUCGCUGCUACCCCGCCCUACAAUGGCACCUUAUCGACUUUCUACUGUCUACCCGAAGAAUGCUGCUAUAAGCUGCCGUCGCACAUAUCGUUCCGUGAGGGUGCCUUGGUUGAGCCAUUGAGUAUAGCUGUACAUUGCUGUGGACUCGCUGGAAACUUGCAGGGUAAAUCUGUCGCAGUCUUUGGGGCUGGGCCUAUAGGCUUGUUGUGCUGUACUGUGGCGCAAGCUUUUGGUGCCGCGAAGGUCAUCGUAAUAGAUGCCGUAGCCACCAGACUGGCAUUUGCGACAGACUUCGGCGCGGACGACACAUAUAUGAUGGAAGCUGCAUCUGCAGAAACCAACGCUCAGAAGCUUUCAGAGAAAGCUAGGCUGGUCGCAGGUUUUGAUGUUGUGGUGGACGCAACAGGAGCAGAGCCAUGUAUCAACUGCGGUGUAGCCGCAUUGAAACGCGGUGGAAUAUUCGUUCAAGCCGGGCUCGGGUCUCCAAGCAUCGCGUUCCCUAUCGGUCAGAUAUGCGACAAAGAAGCUACGCUCAAAGGGAGCUUUCGAUAUGGACCGGGAGACUAUAAGCUUGCCAUUCAGCUGUUGGAGUCUAAGCGCGUUCGACUAGAUAGUCUCAUAACUCAUGAGUUCGCCUUCUCGGACGCCGAAAGAGCUUUUACCAACGUUGCGAACAGAGUCGGCAUUAAAUCGCUUAUAUAUGGGCCUGGUAUCGAUAGGACAUUUGCGGAGAGCUGUACCGAGCAGAUCAAACACAUGUCUGAUCUUCCAAAGCUCUAG